AUGGGCAGCACAGAACAGCCGUGGGAGCCCAUCGUCGCUCAGAAACGAGCCGCUAGAGAUAAGCUUCUCGCUCCGUACUUGGUGGAGGAUGUAGACCACCGACAGCCUCGAGUGGAUCAAGUCCACGAACGAAGUCGAUCAAAGGACCCCGAGGCGCAGAGAAUCACUGAGAUUGAUGGUAUCGAGGAAUUAUCUCAAUGUGUCUUGAAGAGGCAGUUCACCGCCGAGCAGGUCAUCAGGGCGUACAUCCAACGGGCAGUCGUGGCACAUCAAUUGACCAAUUGUCUGAGUGAAGUGGUCUUUGAAGAUGCCCUCGAGCAAGCAAGGAAGUUGGAUGCCCUGUUCGAAGUAACGAACAAGCCGAAAGGUCCUCUCCAUGGAAUUCCUGUCACUGUCAAAGAUCAGUUCAAUAUCAGGGGCAUUGACACCACGCUGGGAUAUGUGGGAAGGUCCUUUGCCCCAGCCCAGGAAGAUGCGGUCCUCGUUCAAAUCUUGAAAAACCUGGGUGCCAUUAUUAUUGCGAAAACAAAUUUGCCUCAGAGUAUCUUGUGGGCGGAGACCGACAAUCCUCUCUGGGGACUCACAACCAAUGCUAGAAACCCCGAUUUCUCUGCCGGUGGUUCCACGGGAGGCGAAGGUGCUUUGCUAGCACUGCACGCCUCUCUGCUUGGGUUCGGCACGGAUAUUGGCGGGAGUAUCCGUAUUCCCCAGAGUACAAUGGGUCUGUAUGGCUUCAAGCCAAGUAGCGGUCGUUAUCCUUACCAGGGCGUCCCCGUGUCCACCGAAGGCCAAGAACAUGUUCCUUCAUCUGUUGGGCCGAUGGCUCGAGACCUGAAUUCUCUCCGUUAUAAUGAGACUGCAUUCCAAGAGAUUCAAGCCCGCUCAAUGGUCAUCGGGCUCAUUAUGGACGACGGCGUGGUCCAAGUCCACCCACCUAUUGCUCGCGCACUUAGAGAGCUAUCGGACGUGUUAAAGGCGCAAGGUCACGAAAUUGUGAUCUGGGAUACGUCCGACCAUGCUGCAUGCAUCGAGAUCAUGAACCUCUACUACACUGCCGAUAGAGGCGAAGACAUUCGUCGGGAUGUCGCCACUGCAGGUGAACCAUACAUUCCCCAUGUCGAGGCUUUGGUCAAUCGAGGUAAGCCCAUCUCGGUGUACGAAUACUGGCAAUUGAACAAGCGCAAGAUGGCUGCGCAGAAGAAAUAUCUCGAUAAAUGGAAUGCUGUUCGAUCUCCUUCUGAAAAACCUGUCGAUAUUUUGUUGAGUCCGACCUUGCCGCACACUGCUGUUCCCCAUGGCAAGUUUCGAUGGGUGGGAUAUACGAAGAUCUGGAAUUUUUUGGACUAUCCAGCUCUGACUUUCCCGGUGGAUGAAGUACGAGCUGAGCAGGAUUCUCUACCUGCAGAGCCAUAUAUACCAAGGAACCCUCUAGAUGAGUGGAAUUGGAACCUUUACGAUGCUGAGAAGGUGGAUGGUUACCCAGUGAACCUGCAAAUUAUUGGAAGGAAGCUCCAAGAAGAGAAAGUUCUCGGAGCUGCUACCCUCGUCGAGAAGAUCUGGAGAAGCCGCGUCAAGAAUACCUAG